GGGUGGGCAGGAGGGGGCGUGGCCUCACUCUGCGCCUGUGCGGAAUUCCAGCUGCAGCUGCUGUGGGGGAGAAGAUGCCCAGGUUGGGCUCCGCGGCCGCCGGCCGAGGGGAGGCCCGCACUGCACACGCGCAGUCUGAGCAUCCGCGUCAAAAGCCGAAGAGAGCGCGCGCUCCCCACGUCCUGCGCGUCCGGCUGCCAGGCAUUAGUCCCUGCUGUGACUCCUGCUGGGCCCGGACGGGCUGGCGCGCCCUCGUCUGAAAAGCAAUGCCCCGGGAGAUCAUCACCCUGCAACUGGGCCAGUGCGGCAACCAGAUUGGGUUCGAGUUCUGGAAACAGCUGUGCGCCGAGCAUGGUAUCAGCCCCGAGGGCAUCGUGGAGGAGUUCGCCACCGAAGGCACUGACCGCAAGGACGUCUUUUUCUACCAGGCAGAUGAUGAGCACUACAUCCCCAGGGCGGUGCUGCUGGACCUGGAACCGCGGGUGAUCCAUUCCAUCCUCAAUUCCCCCUAUGCCAAGCUCUAUAACCCAGAGAACAUCUACCUGUCAGAGCAUGGAGGAGGAGCUGGCAACAACUGGGCCAGCGGAUUCUCCCAGGGUGAGAAAAUCCAUGAAGACAUCUUUGACAUCAUAGACCGGGAAGCAGAUGGAAGUGACAGCCUAGAGGGCUUCGUGCUGUGUCAUUCCAUCGCUGGGGGCACCGGUUCUGGCCUGGGUUCCUACCUCUUAGAGCGACUGAAUGACAGGUACCCCAAGAAGCUGGUGCAGACAUACUCGGUGUUUCCCAACCAGGACGAGAUGAGCGAUGUGGUGGUCCAGCCCUACAACUCACUGCUCACGCUCAAGAGGCUGACCCAGAACGCAGACUGUGUGGUGAGCAUGCGAGGACAGAGUGGGGGCUUUGGUCGACCUCCCCAAACCAGAGAGACACCUACACCCUGCUCUUCCCAAGACCUUGCCCAGAGAACAGAGGACCAACAAAGCCAUACCUGGUGGACCAAAUUAUGAAAUAAGGACCUGAUCCCAAGUUUCUUAUAGUCCCUUUAGGCAGCAAGACUCUCAGCAAAGUGAA